CCGGCAGCUCACACCAACAACACCGUGCUCGGCAGCGGCGGCGGCGGCGGCCCACAGGCGGUCAUCAUGAGAACCAACAGGGUGUAUAAACUGUGGAUCCACAAGAAGGGCUUCGGGGGCAGCGACUAUGAACUGAUGGUGAACCCCAAAGUCUUCCCUCAGGUGAAGCUGGGUGAUAUUGUGGAGAUUGCGUACAUCAAUGACGAGUACAGCCCUCUUCUUCUGCAGGUGAAGUCUUUGAAAGAAGAUCUGCAGAAAGAAACUAUCAGUGUGGAUCAGACUGUGGCCCAGGUGUUUAAACUGCGAGCUUACCAGGAUGUCUAUGUGAACAUUGUGGAUCCGAAGGAUGUUACCCUGGAUUUGAUGGAGCUGACCUUCAAGGACCAGUACAUUGGGCGCAGCGACAUGUGGCGGCUCAAGAAGAACCUGGUUAACACCUGUGCUUACAUUACACAGAAAGUGGAAUUUGCAGGAAUAAGGGCGCAAGCAAGUGAACUUUGGGUUAAAGGUGAAAAAGUUACCUGUGGAUAUAUAAGUGAAGAUACCAGGGUGGUGUUCCGAUCUACCUCUGCAAUGGUUUACAUUUUCAUCCAAAUGAGCUGUGAGAUGUGGGACUUCGACAUCUAUGGCGACUUGUACUUUGAGAAGGCUGUAAACGGUUUCCUUGCUGAUCUCUUUGCCAAAUGGAAGGAGAAGAAUUGCAGCCAUGAAGUGACGGUGGUUUUGUUUUCUAGAACUUUCUAUGAUACCAAGUCAGCGGAUGAAUUUCCUGAGACUCACCGAUCAUAUAUUCAACAGGACCACGAGGGAAGGUUCUACGAAGACUUUUAUAAAGUUGUAGCCCAGAAUGAAAGACGGGAAGAGUGGACGUCACUACUUACAACAAUUAAAAAGCUCUUCAUCCAGUACCCAGUGCUGGUGCGACUGCAAGAAGCAGAUGGUUUUCCACGUGGACAAAACUCUACAGCAGCACAAGGAAACUACCUGGAGGCCAUCAACCUCUCCUUUAAUGUGUUUGACAAGCAUUACAUAAACAGAAACUUUGACCGCACCGGGCAAAUGUCUGUCGUUAUCACGCCAGGGGUAGCUGUGUUCGAAGUGGACCGUCUGUUGAUGAUUCUUACCAAACAGCGGAUGAUCGACAAUGGUAUUGGUGUUGACUUGGUGUGUAUGGGAGAGCAGCCCCUUCAUGCUGUGCCGUUAUUUAAGCUGCACAAUCGAAGUGUCCCUGGAGAUUCUCGGCUGGGUGACGACUACAACAUUCCCCACUGGAUAAACCACAGCUUCUACACGUCCAAGAGUCAGUUAUAUUGUGAUGGCUUCAUUCCUCGCAUUAAACUUGCAGCAAGGAAAACACCAGCAGAGAAAAGCAAAACAAAUCGAGAUAACACCAUUGGUGCCAGCAGCCCAAAGGAAUCGGAGAACAACCUCCCGAUCCAGGUGGAUUACGAUGGGUACGAUGGCCAGGUAUUCCGGUUACCAGGACCAUCUUGUGCUCAAAGGCCCACCUCCUUCAGGCCUGUACGCGAGAGUCACACCAGAAAGAGUUCCAGCUCCUUUGACGUUUCGAACAGCCCGCCCCACCACCGAGGGACCCUGCCCCUGGAGGAGGUCCGGAGCCAGGCCUCAGAUGACAGCUCCCUGGGAAAGAUUUCAAACAUCCUCCUGAUCCCACGGCCCCACCUCCACCAGUACGAAGUCAGCAGCUCUCUGGGUUACACCAGCACCAGGGAUAUCCUGGAGCGAAUGAUCGACUCACAGCAGCGGGACUCCAGUGCUCCAGGACGUUUCCAUGUGGGCAGCGCUGAGUCCAUGCUGCAUAUACGGCCCGGCGGGUACACACCCCAGCGGGCACUCAUCAACCCAUUUGCACCUUCGCGGAUGCCCAUGAAGCUGACGUCCAACCGGAGGAGGUGGAUGCACACGUUCCCCGUGGGGCCCUCGGGCGAAGCCAUCCAGAUCCACCAUCAGACCCGGCAGCAUAUGGCAGAGCUUCAGGGCAGCGGUGCCCGCGAUGCCACACACACCUCGGCAGAGCUGCUGGAGCUGGCCUAUCAUGAAGCCACGGGCAGGCGAGGUGCAGCUCGCCAGAUUGCCGAUAACCUGUCUUUCCUGGGAAGUGCAGGAGCAGAUGAUUUUGCCAGCAGCCCAGCCAGCAGUCACAGUGCAGGGACCCCUCUGAAUCAGGCGUCAUCCUACGAGACCUCCUCGACUGGCCGGGACCCAAUUCUGAUGCUGUCUGCUCCUCCUGUAGUGCCCAGUUUCUGUUGCACAGUGGGUGUUGACUGGAAAUCUCUCACCACACCUGCCUGCUUGCCACUCACUACAGACUACUUCCCAGACCGGCAGAGUUUACAGAAUGACUACACUGAAGGCUGUUACGAUCUCCUCCCAGAGACUGACGUUGACAGGAGAGAUGAGGAUGGUCCAAUAAUGUCUGCCCAGCAAGUGUUUGAGGAGUUUAUUUGCCAGCGGCUCAUGCAGGGCUACCAGAUCAUCGUGCAGCCCAAGAAAAAGCUGACCACCACCGCUGCCCCGGCCCCCCUCAGCAGCAGCCCCCUCUACACACGAGGCCUGGUGUCCAGGAACAAGCUGGAAGAGGAGGAGAUCUCAUACUGGCUGAGCAUGGGGCGCACCUUCCACAAGGUCUGCCUGAAGGACAAGAUAAUCACUGUCACUCGCUACUUACCCAAGUACCCGUAUGAAUCGGCUCAGAUCCAGUACAGUUACAGCCUCUGCCCCCCACAUUCCAGCAUUGAGUUUGUGUCCUGUUGGGUGGAGUUCUCCCACGAGCGGCUGGAGGAUUACAAAUGGAAUUAUCUGGAUCAGUACAUCUGCUCUUCAGGCUCCGAGGAUUUCAGUUUGAUCGAGUCGCUGAAGUUCUGGCGCACGAGGUUCCUGCUGCUGCCGGCCUGCGUCACGGCCACCAAGCGGAUCACGGAGGGCGAGAGCCACUGUGACGUUUACGGGGAGAAGCUGCGCUCGGACCAGGAGGAGUGGCAGCUGCUAGAAGGCUUCAUUCGAUUCGUGGAGGGUUUGAAUCGGAUUCGGAGAAGGCAUCGGUCUGACAGGAUUAUACGGAAGGUAACCCCUAUUAAAGGCCUGCAGGUGACAGGCUCCCUAUCGAGCUAUCCCACCGAACCAGCGGGUCCCCAACUUGGGAAAAAGGGGACUUCAGUUUUGUCAGCGUUGCUGGAGAUGGAGGCCAACCAAAGGAGCUUUGAGGAGCACCAGGCAGCGGCAUAUUCUGGGAAAGGAACUGCCUUUACCAUUGAGAGCACUGCACACUCGGGGACCAAUGUUGUGAUCACUCCCACACACGUGGACAGCCCGAGGAAGGUCCAAGGGGAGCAGAUGUCAACUGGCACUGACCACUCUGAUUACAGCCCAGCUUCUGCGUCCACUGCUGCAUCUGGAGACAGACCAGGCAACGUGCAGAACUCUGCCAUGGGUAUCACUCAGACUACAGGGGACCAGUCUUUGGCUUCCACCACAGUGGAGGGCAGCCAGCUGGCCUCUGGGAUUGCAAGUGCACUGACCUCCGCAUCAUCUCUGGCAGAGAUACUGGAAACAAUGAAGCACCCCACAACUGGUAUUCAACUGCUUCCCGAACAGAGGGGGUUGCACCCUAACUGCUUCAUCAGUGCAGAAGUGGCCCACUGGCUGAUCAGCAAUGUUGAAGGGGUUCAGACACAGGCCAUGGCCAUUGACAUCAUGCAGAAAAUGCUGGAUGAGCAGCUGAUUGUUCACGCCUUCGGGGAAUCCAUGCGGGCUUUUGUGUAUGGUUUCUACCUGUACAGACUCCUCUCGGACAAAGACACGGAAAAAGGGAUUAUGCAGUCUUCCACUAUCUGGUACACUUCCACAAUGGACGACCUGGCUGCAUUCCAGCGCAAGUGGUUUGAGGUGGCCUUCCUCACGGAAGAACGACUUCACAUCGACAUCCCUGCUUUCCUGUUGCCGUGGUUACCCAGUAGGCCAGCAUCCUAUGCAAGUAGGCACAGUUCCUUCAGCCGCAGUUUUGGAGGACGAAGUCAAGCCGCUGCCCUACUAGCUGCCACAGUCCCAGAGCAGAAGACUGUGACGUUGGAUGUGGAUGUGAACAACCGUUCAGACCGCGUUGAGUGGUGCAGCUGUUAUUACCAUGGGAACUACUCACUAAGUGCUGCAUUUGAAGUCAAGCUGCACUGGAUGGCAGUCACAUCAGCCAUGCUGUUUGAAAUGGUACAAGGCUGGCACAGGAAGGCCACCUCCUGCGGCUUCCUCUUGGUGCCGGUCCUGGAAGGCCCAUUUGCUCUGCCCAGCUAUCUUUACGGGGACCCACUUCGAGCUCAGCUGUUCAUCCCCCUGAACAUCAGUUGCUUGGUGAAGGAUGGAGCUGAGCAUCUCUUUGAUGGUUUUGAGCCUGAGACGUACUGCGAUCGGAUGCAGCUUUUCCAGGAGGCCAUUCUUGCCAGGUUUGGUUUUGUUCAAGACAAGUACUCUGCCUCAGCCUUUAACUUCCCUGCCGAGAACAAGCCGCAGUACAUUCACGUCACAGGUACCGUCUUUCUCCAGCUGCCGUAUUCCAAGCGCAAGUUCGUGAGUGGGCAGCAGAGGCGGAGGAGAAACUCCACCAGCUCCAGCACCCAGAGUCUCUUUGGCGAGGAGAGGAUCGGCUACAACUGGGCUUACAACACCAUGCUGACCAAAACGUGGCGAUCCAGUGCCACCGGCGAUGAGAAAUUUGCCGAUCGUCUGCUCAAAGACCUUAACGACUUUUGCUCCAAUAAGGACAACCGGCUGCUCAACUUCUGGGAAAGCUGUCUGGACAAAAUGCAUUCCAGCGCACCCUGAGACGGGCAAAGCCAUGUCCAUGGGACACGUAUCUGCCCUAGUCAUGGCUCACACUAGUCAUGAUACACAUAUCUAUCCUACGCCUGAUGGAUGGUCAUUGCUGCCCUUGGUACAUGCACCAUUCUUUGCCCAUCAGAAGGAUAAUCGUGCCCACCGGAAGGAUGAUCAAUGUCCAUUGGCAGGGCAAUCAAUGUCCAUUGGUGCGUAAGUCCAAAUGGUUCCCAUUGGAAAACUGGUCAAUGCCCACUGGUAUAUACAUCAUUCUUUUUCCCACUGGAAGGAUAGUCAGUGCUCAUUAAUACACACAUAUAAUUGUUUCCCAUUGGAAACACAUGGAAAGCCCUUUGUAUACUUUGGUUGAGUUGCAAAGACACCCGUCCCCAUCACUCUGCUCACGACACCUCAUGCAGCUCAGCUGAGAGUUCUUGACUGUAUCACCUCCGCUGUCUUGUUGACCGUUGUGAUAUGUCUGAUCAUACUGACAUUAAAUGCAGAUCUAUAUCUCGUCCAACAGCCUGUCAUGGAAUACCUAAUGAAACCGAUUAAGCCGAGAAGGAGAAGGUUCCUGGAAUUCAAUAUAAUGAGGGUUUGGAGGGGAGUUCAGAAACAGAAAGGGAUAUUGGCUUCAUUGGCCCUCACACCUCGUGGUAAAUGCAUCAUGCAACAUGCAUCUCCUUUCCCAACAACUAAUGAUUAGUUUCUAUGGUUUCAGCACAUUGCAAGCCUAAUUAACAUGGUCUCCACACUUGUCUUUGCCUUUCACUGUGCUGUAUUACAAAGUCCAUCAUACUACUAUUGAUUAUUUACCUGAGUUUAUUGUGUAUUGAGAUAUUUCCCUCUGUUGAUGAGGGGAAAGGAAUGGAAAGACUCGACCAGCUGCCAUUGAGAACAUUUGCGCCCACCCAAGGCACAAUCCCCACUAUCUCCUGUUUCUUUUUCAUCACUUUGGCUUCCAUAAUUUUCUUUCCUGCUCUCCCUCUCUCAGAUACCUACCCCCUACCCAGGGGCCUGCAUCUUCAGCUGGUCUGAGGGGGCAGUGGUUGAGAUCCACUGGAAAUCCAUUGAGAGACUGGGUGCACUGAAGACAUCCCAAUCUUUUCUGUUCAAUGAGUCCCAAAACUGAACUCAAAUGUAACUUUCUUCAGGGCAUUUAUUAUUUCACACAAUUUAUAGAAAAUGAAUGGAGCAGCUGAGUUGGGCAAAUAUGGAUCAGCUGGUUUUCCACCAGCUUGUGUUGGAGGUAUGGACCCAGAACUGAUGAUGAACUGUGAGGGGAAAAACUUGCUAUUUUCGACUUGUACAAAACGCAUUAUCUCAGAGUAGUCAUUGGCUUCACUAAAUAUAUGGACGCUAUAUAUUUGUUAGGCCAGUGUACUUGUGCAAGGCCUUUAAAUCCUCUCCAUUAAUUAUUCCCACAGCCAACAAGUGAUUUGUAUGCCUCAGUUGUUAUGCAGCUGUGGAACAGUUGGUGACUGAUACGGGCACCAUGAAAAUGCCCAUUUUCCCCAACAUCCCAUCUUGUAAAUCAGGGGUUCCCAACCUUUUUCAUCCCAUUUAUCCCUGGCAACUUUAAUAGCACAUAACAAUGUUAUUUCACUUAUUUAUGAACAACUAAUGAUGAACAGAUACCGGUAUACCAAACACAGUCAGUCAAUGAGGGAAAAUAUGUACAAAUCCGGAAUCAACAAAUUUACCCCCUGGGUAGGCGAAAUUUACCCCCUGGGGGUAAAGAUACCCCAGGUUGGGAACCCUUGUUGUAAAUGGAAACCUGCACCAUUGACUCUUUCUCAGCUCUACAUAAUUUGCAUUAAAAAAUAAAAAGAGAAAAAA